ACAUACGCAAAUACAAAUUUUGUUUGCCUGUUUGUUUUUUUCGUGAUUUCCCCGUUUUUUUGUGUCCUGCAGUCUUUCUUCAUCCAGGCAAGGUUCUUCUCAUUUUUUUUGCUCGGAUAAGGAUUGGUGCCCUUGUGAAUAUCAGUUUGCGGGGAUUCCCUUGAGCAAGCACAAUGUUGGACACGGUGUACGAAGCGUUCCCCUUCAGCGUGCUGCAGGUGCCCAACCUGCGCAUCAAGAAACCCAGCUGGCUCCACGCGCCUGCGCCCAUGACGGUUUUUGCCAUGAUCCUUCUUUCCUACUUUCUAGUAACUGGAGGUGUAAUUUAUGAUGUUAUUGUGGAGCCGCCGAGCAUCGGCAGCACGACGGAUGAGCACGGCCACCAGCGUCCGGUGGCGUUCAUGCCGUGGAGAGUGAACGGACAGUACAUCAUGGAAGGUUUAGCCGCCAGCUUCCUCUUCACGCUCGGCAGUUUAGGUUUCGUUAUCUUCGACCAGACCAACAGUCCGCUCAUGCCCAAAUUAAACAGGAUGCUGUGGAUUAUGGUCGGAUUUAUUUGUGUUCUGGUCUCCUUUGGCAUGUGCUGGGUGUUCAUGCGCAUGAAAUUGCCCGGCUAUCUGCAAAAUUAGACUUGUAACCAGCCUGGCCAUUUUCUUAUCCCAGUUUUUGUUAUUUAAUUUUAUGCUGGAAAAUGGAUGUUGUAUUGAUGGUUUUAAUUGUUAUCGGCAUGAUGUUGAUGUCAGUUACAGUAUGCACGCGCUCCAAAAGGUGUUACCAGCUUUAACAUGUGCGAUUCGCGGUUUGAAGGAAAGAUAUAUUUUACUUG